CUACGUACAGAUAUAUUAUCCUCUUGCUGAUCAGAGACUAGAGUCCACAUAACAAAUCAACCACUUGUGGUUUCUGUUUCUUUCCAUUAGUUUUUUCUCUUCCCUAAAAAAAGAAUAUUUCUUUGACCCUAUUUAGAGAGGAAGAAGAAGGUUAGGUUGCAUGGUGGUGGAUUUAAACAAUGGUACAAACAAAAAUCCUACUGAUCAUCUCUUGUCUGCUUAUUUCUAUGCAAGUUUUGGUGCAGCUGGAAGCUUUUACCAAUUCUGGUGACUAUGGUGUUCUAGAGUCACUGAAGGACGAGUGGGAGAACGUACCUCCAAGUUGGGAUGGCUCUGAUCCUUGUGGUGAUUCAUGGGAAGGCAUCGGGUGCAACAAUUCACGUGUUAUUUCUAUAAAAUUAUCAAGCAUGAAUCUGAAAGGGGAGCUAUCUGGAGACAUCGAGGCCUUGUCUGAACUGCAGAUAUUGGAUCUAUCAUACAACAAAGGCUUGACAGGUUCACUCCCUCAAUCAAUUGGAAGUUUGAAGAGUUUAACAACUCUGAUCCUCGUUGGUUGCGGGUUUUCUGGGCCGAUACCGGAGACAGUUGGAUCCCUUAGCCAGCUGCAUUUUCUGGCUUUGAAUUGUAACAACUUUAUUGGACCGAUACCAGCUUCUAUUGGUAAUUUAUCAAAACUAUCUUGGCUGGACUUAGCUGAUAAUAGGCUCAGUGGGCCUCUUCCAGUCUCCCAUGGAAGCACACCUGCUCUAGAUAUGCUUGUUCACACAAAGCAUUUUCACCUGGGGAGAAAUCGAUUCUCCGGUGAGAUUCCAGAUCAGCUAUUCAGCCCAAAUAUGACUCUCAUACAUUUGUUGCUUGAGAAAAACCAGCUCACUGGAAAGAUACCCCCUACAUUAGGACUUGUGCAGACUCUGGAAGUGGUUCGUCUUGACAGGAAUUCAUUAUAUGGAUCGAUUCCAUCAACCCUCAAAAAUCUCACAAAUUUGGUUGAACUGUUCUUAUCAAACAAUGAAUUCACUGGCCCCUUGCCCAAUCUUACUGGCAUGAAUGUCCUCCACCACUUAGAUAUGAGCAAUAAUACAUUUAGCUCAGCUGAUUUUCCGCCGUGGUUUUCAACUUUGCAGUCGUUGAUGACUCUGGUAAUGGAGAACACUCAACUUCAAGGAGAAAUUCUGCCAAGCCUCUUCAGUCUUUUUCAGUUGCAGACCGUCCGCUUGAAGGGAAACAAGAUUAAUGGAACACUGGAUAUUGAAUCCAGCUAUAGCAGCCAACUAAAGCAGAUUGAUUUGCAGAACAAUUCCAUUGAAUCACUCGCAGGAAUACCUAAAUAUCCUUUUCAAAUAAUACUUAAGGAUAAUCCAGUUUGUUAUGAAGAUGUAUCAAAAAACUACUGUGGCGUUGCCCAAAUGAACCUUGAAUAUUCAACCCCACCAGAUAAUUGCGUCAAAACUCCAUGCAGUUCUGAUCAAAUUCCUAGCCCUACCUGUAAAUGUAGUUAUCCGUACACAGGCAGCCUAGUUUUCAAAGCUCCUUCCUUUUCUGACUUGAGAAACACAAGCAUUGAGUCACUUCACAAGUCUAUGAUAUCUUCUUUUAGCCAACAUCAGGUGCAAGUAGAUUCAGUUUCCUUGAGUAAUCCGGAAAAGACAGAUGGCUACUUUGCGUUACGCCUGCAAGUUUUUCCAUUUGGCCAAGAUCAUUUCAACCGUACCGGGAUUACCACAAUUGGAUUUACACUUAGCAAUCAGACUUUCAAACCUCAUCCAGAUUUAGGACCAUUCUAUUUCAAUGGCGAAAGCUACAAUCACUUUGAAGUUGGAUCAAGAGGAUCUCACAAGUCAAUUUCUAAAGAAAAUAUAAUCGGAGCAGUAGCUGGUGGAUCUAUCCUUUUAAUUUUAUCACUUAUUAUAGGAGUUUUAGUUUGCCAAAAGAAAAGAGCUCAAGAGGCUGCUAGAAAGAACGACCCUUUUGCUACAUGGGAUUCUAUUAAAGACAGCGGCAGUGUUCCACAGUUAAAAGGUGUAAAAUGUUACACAUUUGAAGAGCUGAAAAAAUACACCAAUAACUUUUCAGAAAGCAAUUACGUCGGAUCUGGUGGUUAUGGAAAGGUAUACAGAGGGAUACUUCCAGAUGGACAACUUGUUGCAAUUAAAAGAGCAGAGCAAGGAUCUAAGCAGGGUGCCCUUGAGUUUAAAAAUGAGAUUGAGCUUCUUUCUAGGUUUCAUCACAAAAAUGUUGUCAGCCUUGUAGGCUUUUGUUUCAGGCAAGGCGAACAGAUGUUGGUCUAUGAAUAUAUACCAAAUGGCUCCUUGAAAGAAAGUCUUUCAGGGAAGUCUGGGAUUAAGUUGGAUUGGAAGAGGAGGCUUCGGAUAGCCCAUGGAGCAGCCAGAGGGUUGCAAUAUCUUCAUGACCAUGUUGACCCUCCUAUCAUCCACCGAGAUAUCAAAUCAAAUAACAUCUUGCUAGAUGAGCGCUUGAAUGCGAAAGUUGCUGAUUUUGGUCUCUCCAAGUCGAUGAGUGAGCCAGAAAAGGGUUACGUCAGCACUCAGGUUAAAGGAACAAUGGGCUACAUGGAUCCAGAGUAUUACACAACACAACAGUUGACUGAGAAGAGUGAUGUCUAUAGCUUCGGGGUUGUGCUACUGGAGCUUAUAACAGCAAGGAGUCCUAUCGUGAGAGGAAAAUAUAUCGUGAAGGAAUUGAAGCAAGCGAUGGAUAAGUCUAAAGACAUGUAUAACAUUGAUAGUUUUGUUGAUCCCGCUAUCCCUUCAAGCAUGACACCUAUCAGCUUCAGGAAGUUUGUGGAUCUAGCUUUCACAUGCCUCGAAGAAGCAGGAGCUCAUAGGCCAACAAUGUGUGAGGUGGUGAAAGAGAUUCAGAACAUCAUGGAAAUAGAUGGAAUGAACACUUACGCUGAAUCAAGUUCAACUUCUGUAAGCCGCGAAGGAACCAGCGCAACCUUUGACCAUCCUUACAGUGAAGAAAGCCUAAAUCGUCACAGCGGGGGCACCAAUUCGCGAUAAACGUACCACCUAUUCUCCUGGAGCCAGCAGCUUUAACUAAAUAUGCUUUGUUUGAAAAAUGGUAAGUGAUUCAAGCAGCUCUUGUCCUUGUGUUAUAUGUGUACAUUCUGUGAAUGUAUGAGGGUGUUUUUGCAUAGAGAAUUAAGAGCUGUGUACAGCCUUAUAGACAUGAUCGAAAAGUCCAUCUAAGGAUACUGUUUGUGAAUUCAUUUCAGUCUAAUAUAUCCUGUGUGACAUUAUAUGCUCAACUGUGUGGAAAUGUUCAUUUCAUUA